AUGGUCGCACUGAGGGGGCGGGACCCCGCGGCGCGCGCCCCCAACCGAGCCCUCCUAUUGGCCCACGGGCAGGGGGCGGGAGGAGCGGGCCACGCCCACCGGCCCGGCGCGUGCGGACGGGGGGGAGGGGCCUCGUCGUCGCUGCCUCAGGGACGCGCCCCCCCCACAGCUGUCGCUCUGAGGGGGCGGGGCCCCGCGGCGCGCGCCCCCAACCGAGCCCUCCUAUUGGCCCACGGGAAGGGGGCGGGAGGAGGGGGACACGCCCACCGGCCCGGCGCGUGCGGACGGGGGGAGGGGCCUCGUCGUCGCUGCCUCAGGGACGCGCCCCCCCCCACAUUGGUCGCUCUGAGGGGGCGGGGCCCCGCGGCGCGCGCCCCCAACCGAGCCCUCCUAUUGGCCCACGGGCAGGGGGCGGGAGGAGCGGGCCACGCCCACCGGCCCGGCCCGUGCGGACGGGGGGGAGGGGCCUCGUCGUCGCUGCCUCAGGGACGCGCCCCCCCCCCAACGGUCUCUCUGAGGGGGCGGGGCCCCGCGGCGCGCGCCCCCACCGAGCCCUCCUAUUGGUCGACGGGCAGGGGGCGGGAGGAGGGGGCCACGCCCACCGGCCCGGCGCAUGCGGCCGGGGGAGGGGCGUCCAUCGCCGCCACCGCGGGGAGGCGCCCCUCCCCCAUCGCUCUCAGAGGGGCGGGGCGGCGCGCGCCCCCAGAGGACUCGGUGAGGGCGCGCGCCGGGGAAGGGGGGGAGAAGCGCGUCCCCGCGGCGGCCGGCCUGGUGGGCGUGGCCACCCCCUCGCCCGGCCCUCAGUCACACGCUCCAGGCCGGCGCGCAGCGACGGGGGGGGGAGCGCGUUCCCGCGGAGAAGACACCAGAAGCCCCUCCCCCGGUCGCGCGCGCCGGGCCGGUGGGCGUGACCACGUCUUCCCGCCCCCUACCGGUGGACCAAUAAGGGGACUCCCUGGAGGCGCGCGCUGCCCCGACCCCGCCCCGUCAGAGCGAGGGGAGGGGGGGAGCGCGUUCCCGCGGCAGACGCCGAAGGCCCCUCUCCCGGUCGCACGCGCCGGACCGGUGGGCGUGGCAACGCCCGCCCUCCCUCUAAGCGUGGACCUAUAUAAGGGGACUCGCCGGGGGCGCGCGCCGCCCCGGCCCCGCCCCCUCAGAGCGACGGGGGGAGCGCGUUUCCGCGGGGAAGACACCAGAGGCCCCCUCCACCGAUCGCACGGGCCGCCCCGAGCGACCGUGGGGGAGCGCGUUCCCGCGGCGAAGAGGGCGGUGGGCGUGGCCACGCGCUCCCGCCCCCUACCCGCGGACCUAUCAGGGGGCUCGCACCAACCCGGCCCCGCCCCCUCAGAGAUGGGGGGCGCGUUCCAGCGGCGAAGAGGCCGGUGGGCGUGGCCACGCGCUCCCGCCCCCUACUCGCGGACCUAUCAGGGGACUCGCUGGGGGCGCGCCCCGCCCCCUCAGAGGAACCGGGGGGGCGCGUUCCCGCGGCGAAGAGGGCGGUGGGCGUGGGCACGCGCUCCCGCCCCCAACCCGCGGACCUAUCAGGGGGCUCGCUGGGGGCGCGCCCCGCCCCCUCAGAGCGACCGUGAGGGGGAGCGCGUUCCCGCGGCGAAGAGGGCGGCGGGCGUGGCCACGCGCUCCCGCCCCCUACCCGCGGACCUAUCAGGGGACUCGCUGGGGGCGCGCCCCGCCCCCUCAGAGCGACCGUGGGGGGGGAGCGCGUUCCCGCGGCGAAGAGGGCGGUGGGCGUGGCCACGCGCUCCCGCCCCGUACCCGCGGACCUAUCAGGGGACUCGCUGGGGGCGCGCCCCGCCCCCUCAGAGGAACCGGGGGGUGAGCGCGUUCCCGCGGCGAAGAGGGCGGCGGGCGUGGCCACGCGCUCCCGCCCCCUACCCGCGGACCUAUCAGGGGACUCGCUGGGGGCGCGCCCCGCCCCCUCAGAGCGACCGGGGGGGGGGAGCGCGUUCCCGCGGCGAAGAGGGCGGCGGGCGUGGCCACGCGCUCCCGCCCCCUACCGGCGGACCUAUCAGGGGACUCGCACCGCCCCGGCCCCGCCCCCUCGGAGAUCGGGGGGGCGCGUUCCCGCGGCGAAGAGGGCGGCGGGCGUGGCCACGCGCUCCCGCCCCCCGCCCGCGGACCUAUCAGGGGUCUCGCUGGGGGCGCGCGCCCCCCGCCCUCCCGCCUCGGUGGGCGUGUCCCCGCCCGCCCGCGGGGGCGCGCCCCGCUCCUUCCCGCCCCGCCCCGCCCCGUCCCGUCCCGCUAUAA